UCAAGGAUGGGCAAACGUAACAGAGUUCCAACCAAGCCCACUGCGGCGCCCGGCAAGGUCAAGCUGGGCAGCAGUCUCAGUCUCAAGAACAGGAGUAGCAAAACUCAAACUGGUAUUCGAGACAAGGCAACUGUUAAACGGUUGAACAUGUACAAGACGAAUGGCCCAAAACGGAACAAAGAUGGUAAAAUUGUGGCUCCAGCAGAAUACCAGAAGCCUGCAGCAUCAGGAGAACGAGCUAGAAUAGAACCAAACAGGAAAUGGUUCGGUAAUACCAGGACCCUGACUCAACAAGCACUGCAGAAGUUUCAAGUGGAAAUGGGAAAGAUUAAGAAGAGUCCGUAUCAAGUUAUCAUGAAGAGCAGCAAACUGCCUGUCGGGCUUUUGAAAGAAACCUCCAAAACUGCCAACGUUCACAUUCUCAAGACUGAAUCCUUCCAGAGCACGUUUGGCCCCAAGAAGCUGAGGAAAAGACCCAAGUUAAAUAUUGAUAAUAUCCUUGACAUGAUAAAGAAAGUGACUGAAGUCACGACCAAGCAUGAUGAAAAGGAAGAAGCUAAAGCUCCAGUACCUGAUGGGAAAGAUGCCCCUAAUGACUACAUAUUCGCUGCCGGACAGAGCAAGAGAAUUCAUGCGGAGCUGUUCAAAGUAAUAGACAGUUCUGAUGUUGUGGUCCAGGUUUUAGAUGCCAGAGAUCCAAUGGGCACGAGGUCAAAGUACAUCGAAAGACAUUUGAAGGAGGAGAAGUCCCACAAACAUCUCAUAUUUAUCCUAAACAAGUGUGACUUGGUCCCAACAUGGGUAACAAAAGGGUGGCUGGUGCACCUGUCGGCAGAAUACCCUACCUUAGCUUUCCACGCCUCUGUUACAACCUUUGGAAAAGGUGCCCUGAUUAAUCUGCUGCGUCAGUUUGCUAGACUACACUCGGACAAGAAGCAGAUAAGUGUUGGGUUUAUUGGAUACCCUAACGUCGGCAAAAGCUCCAUCAUUAACACCCUCAAACAUAAAAAGUGUUGUAAAGUAGCCCCACUAGCGGGAGAGACGAAGGUUUGGCAGUACGUUUCCUUGUUCCGUCGUGUUAACCUCAUAGAUUGCCCCGGAGUUGUGAGCAACACCUCCGAUUCUAACGCUGACAUGAUGUGCAAGGGAGUUGUUCGGUUAGAAUAUGUGACAAACGCAGCUGAUUACAUCGAAACAAUCAUGGAGAAAAUAAAACCCAAGUAUCUCACACAAGCGUACAAGGUGGAGAGUUGGACGAACGGAGAGGACUUUUUAGCUCAAAUGUGCAAGUUAACCGGAAAAUUACUGAAAAAGGGGGAGCCAGAUCUGAACACCUGCGCUAGAAUGGUAUUCCAGGACUUCCAACGAGGCAAAUUACCAUACUUCAACGUUCCGCCAAACAGUUCCAGGAAGUCAACAGACGAAGCAAUGCCGACAGCGAAAGAUAUGUCAUUUAUAGACGAGGCUAAUAAUGAACAAUUAAAAGAAGAUAACCCUGAAGAUAUGAAAGACAUCUCAAACGAAACAACAGAAGAUGCAGCUUUAACAGAAGAUAACACACCAGAUGAUAAUAAUUGUGGUGAAAUAUCAGACGGUAAUCAAUUAGAUACUAGUCUUCCUGAGAGGACUCCCGAGCAAGCUAAGAAACGGAGGAGAAUUGUUCCUGAUGAUGAUUGAUAGAGUGGUGUUCCCUUUUUAUUUUGCUUCAUAUCGCCAGCAAAGGCGCCUUUUAAAGUCUAUUUUAUGUUUUACCGUAGGGUUUUUAAGAGUUUUUGUCCGGAAACUUGACCGGGGGUAAUUUAUUAUCGACUGUAAUCGUUCAUUUUAAAGAGCAUUUUAAUUUAAAACUAAA